AUGGCGCCCCCGACUGCACUGGACAAGGCCAUCCACGAGAGGAAAUCGGUAACUGAUACAAUCGACUAUCUACAAAUUGAAUCUGAUAACCAUGCUACGAGGCCCUUGAAUCUCCCAAGUACACUGCAUUUCCUCGCCAUGGCUGAGACCGCACAGAAAGAGGUUAUGGCCAUCCACAACAAAAUCCAAGCUACUUCCCCUCCAGAUAUGGCCCCUCACAAUGCUGAAUACCAAAUUCUUCUCGGUAAAGCUGCUCGUGUCGUAAUAGCCUUCACUACGAUCAAGAUGUCCUUCCCAGGCACCUCCACCGGUCACGGAUCUGGUACACACAUCCCCAGUCCUGACAUAAAACUUCCGCGAUUAGAACUCCCCUCCUUCGACGGCACUUUACAAGAUUGGGUCUCAUUUCGUGACAUGUUCGUCACCACCGUCCACUCCAAUACUACAUUAUGUAAGUCCCAGAAAUUGACCUACCUUAAAUCCCAACUCAAAGGAGAAGCAGCACGACAACUCUCAUCCAUGACCAUUUGUGACGCCAACUACGAUAUCGCAUGGAGCCUACUCACAGAUAGGUACCAGAAUGACCGUGAAUUGUUGUUCGCCAUAUUAAGAAGAUUCACAAAUCAAGCAACAGUUCCAUACAACUCAUCUACAGCAAUUCGUCAACUAGUAGAUGUAUCGAAGGAAUGCAUCCGAUCUCUCGACGUGCUCAAGCUACCGACCAUUCAUUGGGAUGCCAUUCUCCUCUUCCUCAUCGUGAACAAAUUGGAUCCUUCAUCAAAGGAACUCUGGGAACAAGGUCUCAAGGACAGUACAAUCCCAACAUUAAGAUCCCUGUACGAGUUCUUGGAGCAGAGAGCACGAGCCUUGGCAGCCAGCGGUACCGACACCCCCUCCAAGGUAACACAGCCACCUGCGCAACACAGCAAUCAAAACAGCAAUAAACCAGGGAAAAGAGUAACAAGAUCGCAAUCUCGUCCCAUGGUCCACCACGCCAACUCACCGUCUACAUGCAAGAUUUGUGAGAACCAAUCCCACCCCUUGUACAAGUGUGAGAAAUUCAUGGGAUGGUCCAUCCAGCAGAGGUCUGAUGCCAUUCGCAAAAUAAACGCUUGCUACAACUGCCUACGCGAAGGUCACAGGAAGCAGGACUGCACCUCCAAGUCCACCUGCAGAUCUUGUGGUUACAGACACCACACCCUUCUUCACGCAAGAAAGGAGGCCAAUCCGGGUACCAAGCCCGAUGAAGCGGCGGAGAAUCCCCCAGCCACCACUUUCUUCACAUCCAGUUGUUCAUCCACAGCAGCAAAUGAAUACGACACAUUACUUGCAACUGCCUUAGUUCGAGUAGCCGACAAGCAUGGAAAGCUGCAUACAUUCCGGGUUCUUGCUGAUAAUGGGAGCAACACUCACUUCGUCACCGAGUCCUGCCUCAAGAGGAUCGGUGCCCCACGCAGAAGAUGCUUCACAUCCGCAACAGGCUUGGGUGGAUCAUCUCUCGCUCAUUCUACCGGAAUCACUCAGUUUACGGUUAUGCCUCACUUCGAUUCGUCAAUUUCGUUCCCUGUCUCAAGAUGCCUCAUCACCACCAAAAUCACUGGCAAACUUCCGUCAUCGCCUUUCGACCACGCCAAGUGGUCACAUCUUUGUGGGUUACAAUUAGCAGACCCAACUUACCACGAACCUCGAGACGUGGACAUGCUUUUGGGUGCAGAAUUCUUCUUCAGCAUCUUGGAGUGUGGGAAACAAUCAGGUCCCUCCAACAGUCCCAUCGCCAUCAAAACAAGCUUCGGAUGGCUGAUUGGUGGUGGAUCCGCCGAAAUCCCACUCCUCGAGCCCCAAACUCAUUCCACCCUCACUCUACAACAAUGUGGACCAAGCUCCACCAACUCCACUCAACAAAUUGCCAGUGAUGAUGAGCACCUCAACGCUACACUUCAGAGAUUUUGGGAACUGCAGAGCGAACCAACUGAGAGAUGCCACACAUCAGAAGAAAAAGAAAUCGAAUCCCACUUCCGUUCAACAUACCGUCGUGAUGCAACAGGGCGUUUCACUGUACAACUUCCGUUCAAAAUCCCGAGAUUAAAUGUUGGACACUCUUACAACAUUGCACUGAAGAGAUUGCUAUAUCUCGAGCGUCGCUUGAAGACCAACCCUGAGGCCAGAAAAGAAUACGCUUCAUUCAUGAGAGAGUAUGAAGCACUAGGUCACAUGGAAGAAGUUCUGCCAGUGGAACCCAGUGACCAAUCCCAUACAACCCAAUGCUAUAUCCCUCAUCAGUUCGUCCGUAAAGAAUCGAGCACCACCACCAAGUUUCGGGUCGUGUUCGACGCCUCCGCCAAGACCUCCAAUGGUAUUUCCCUCAACGAUACCCUGAUGGUUGGACCUACAAUCCAAGAUUCACUCGUGGACAUCUUGUGUCGAUUCCGCCUCCACAAGAUAGCUUUCACCGCCGACAUUGCGAAAAUGUAUCGGCAGAUUAAGGUGACCUCCUCAGAUGCAGAUCUCCAGCGCAUAGUUUGGCGUGAAGAUGCAACCGGACCAGUCAAGCAUUACCGCCUACUCACUCUGACCUACGGUACUGCCCCAGCUUCAUUCUUGUCAACCCGUGUCCUCGACGAACAUGCCAAAUUGGAAGCUGAUUCCUUCCCUCGCGCAUCUCUAGUCGCACGACGAGAUUUUUUUGUGGACGACUUGAUGUCCGGUGAACCCUCAUUAAAAGAAGCCCUCAAUACUCAACAACAAUUACUUGAAUUGAUGAAGGCUGGAUCGCUACAACUUCGGAAAUGGUCAUCCAACUCUCAAGCAGUACUCGACUCCCUUCCCCCAGACAUGCGAGAAACCCAAUCACUUCUCACAUUCGACUUGGACCCGACCAUUAAAACUCUUGGCAUCUGUUGGAACCCCAAGACGGACAAAUUCCUGUUCAAGUUAGCUCCUCUCCCUGCCCCAACCAAACCAUUAACCAAAAGAAAUGUUCUCUCAGAACUGGCUCGUCUUUUCGAUCCUGUGGGCUGGGACGACGCUUUACCACAAGAUUCUCAACGCCACUGGAUGGAAUUUAGGACCGAUCUUGAAAACCUCAGCAAACUUGAAAUCAACCGUUUCUACAUGUGGGGCACAAGUCUGACCGCUCCAAGCCUUAAUGUCACUCAUCCAUCAUCCCCAGUCAAGUUCUGCCUCGCCGGAUUUUGCGAUGCAUCCCAGAAGGCCUAUGCAGCUGCAGUAUACCUGUGCGCCUACGAUGGAAAUUCUGGAUCCGUCUCCCUUAUCGCCUCGAAGACCCGCGUCGCUCCGGUCAAGAAAAUAAGCCUACCUCGACUCGAAUUAUGUGGAGCUGAUAUUCUCGCUGAAUUGCUCAUAUCAGUUAAGACUGCCCUCCGGAUCCCGAUUCACUCCCUCACUGCAUGGACCGACUCCACCGUCACGUUAGCGUGGAUACAGGCACCGCCUUCAAGAUGGAAGACCUUUGUAGCUAAUCGCGUAACGAAGAUUCAAGAACGAAUUCCCUCUUCUCGAUGGGGACAUGUCCGUGGGGACGAAAAUCCUGCAGAUUGCGCGUCUCGUGGGAUAAAAUGUGAUGAACUCACUCAUCAUCCUCUCUGGUGGACUGGGCCAACUUGGCUGAAAACAGGAACUCCCACACCCAGAAAUUGCAAUGCCUUUGACUCCACGACAGUCUCGAUGAUCAACGUGGAAGCCAAGAAGGUGGUCACAUUUCAUACAAUUUCAACAACAAACCAACUAAUAUUGGAUCGCUACUCUUCUCUAAACAAGUUGAUUCGAGUAACUGCAAUGGUCUUUCGAUUCAUCAAGAAUUGUAGGCCAAGUCAAGCAACCAACCCCCAGAAUACGAAGAUUAUUGUGAAACUGCCCUCAUGUGGACCAUUUCAAUUACCGCAACCUCUGACGACGACGGAAUUGACCAUCGCCGAGCACUAUUGGAUCAGAUUAAUCCAACAACAAGCAUUCGCACAUGAGCUGAAUUCUCUCCAACGAGAUAAACCCCUCUCCCACAAAAGUAAGCUGCUGUCCCUUUCCCCGUUUGUAGAUCAAACUGGGAUCCUGCGAGUUGGUGGUCGACUCAAAAACUCGAAUGUUCAAAUGACUCAACGUCACCCCAUCCUCCUCCCUACACACAACCGUUUUACACAAAUGCUUAUCAAACAAGAGCACCAGACGAAUCUUCAUGCUGGACCUCAACUGUUGAUGUCCACUCUACAGCGUCACUACUGGAUUCCUCGUGCAAAGGACGCAAUCCGGCGCCAGAUUAAGACCUGCGUUGUGUGCACCCGACACAAGGCCCAAACCAUGCAACAAAUUAUGGCUGACCUUCCCUCAUUUCGUGUGAACCAAGCUCGUCCUUUUUCCAAAUCCGGCGUCGACUAUGCAGGACCCUUUCACCUUCGCCCGAUCCAACCAAGAAGCAAGACAACGAUAAAGGCGUACCUAGCCGUAUUUGUUUGCUGUACAACUCGAGCAAUCCACCUCGAAGUAGUUAGUAGUCUAUCUACCGAUGCAUUCAUGGCUGCAUUCCGUAGAUUUACAUCACGAAGAGGUCGACCAAGUGAUCUCUACAGCGAUUGCGGCACCAAUUUUAUUGGAGCAGACCACGAGAUGAAGGACUUUCAACGUCUCAUCUUAUCACAACAGCAUAACACUGAAGUCGCCAACCAACUAUCAAACCAAGGUAUCCAGUGGCACUUCAACCCCCCUGCAAGCCCCCACUUCGGAGGACUCUGGGAGAGUGGAGUCAAGUCGGUGAAAUACCACUUGCGCCGAGUCGUUGGCCUACAGCGACUGACGUUCGAGGAGAUGACAACAGUCACAUCCCAAGUUGAAGCGAUCCUCAACUCGCGUCCUCUCACUCCUGAAUCAUCUGACCCCGACGACCUGAAUGCACUCACCCCAGGGCAUUUUCUUACUGGAGGCCCACUCAACGCCAUUCCAGAACCUUCCGUGGAUCACCUCAACACCAAUCGCCUAUCGCGCUGGCAGUUACUACAGCAAAUGACCCAAUCAUUUUGGAAGCGAUGGUCAGACGAGUACUUGACCCGACUUCAGCAACGUCCAAAGUGGAUGACUGGCAACCGUGCAAUUGUGGUGGGCGACAUGGUCCUCAUAAAGGAUGAAAAUCUUCCACCCUUGAGAUGGAAACUUGGCCGAGUCCAAACCCUGCACCCUGGCGCUGACUCCGUCGUCCGCGUCUUUACACUCAAAACUUCAUCAGGAGAUCUCAAACGCCCAGUAGUCAAACUUUGUCUCCUACCAAUCGAAGUCUCAUCGAACUCAUCGAACUCCCAGGAAUCAUCAUAA